AGCCUGAAUCAUUUUCUUUGUCUUGAACAAAAAAAUAUAUAUGCUCUUUGGAGUUGAAGAAAAAGAAGAGAGAAAUGGAUCAAUCCUCGAUGGAGAAGCUGAUCCUCGUGACCCGGGAACCGGACGGAAUCGCGACGAUCACCAUCAACCGGCCUAAAUCCCUCAAUUCGUUGACCCGGGCAAUGAUGAAGGAUCUCGCUCAGGCGUUCAAGUCCCUGGGAAAGGACGAUUCCGUACGGGUCAUAAUCCUUACUGGGUCGGGUCGGGCGUUCUGUUCUGGCGUCGAUCUGACGGCGGCGGAGGACGUGUUUAAGGGUGAUGUGAAGGACCUGGAGUCUGACACUGUUGCCCAGAUGGAACGGUGCCCCAAACCCAUUAUCGGAGCCAUUAACGGGUUCGCAGUCACCGCCGGGUUCGAGAUUUCCCUCGCUUGUGAUAUUCUGAUUGCAGCUAAAGGAGCCAAAUUCAUGGAUACCCACGCUAGGUUUGGGAUAUUUCCUUCUUGGGGGCUGUCACAAAAGCUUUCACGCAUAAUUGGACCUAACAAAGCUCGGGAAGUAUCACUAACAUCCCUGCCUUUAACUGCUGAGGAUGCUGAGAGGUGGGGCUUAGUGAAUCAUGUUGUUGAACAAGGUGAAGUGUUGAACAAAGCCCGACAGGUUGCAUCAGCAAUAUUGAAGAACAAUCAAGGCCUAGUGUUGAAGUACAAAGCCGUGAUAAAUGAUGGUCUCAAGCUUGAAAUGGGUCGUGCUCUUGCUCUAGAGAAGGAGAGGGCUCAUGACUAUUACAAUGGAAUGACGAAGGAUCAGUUUAAGAAGAUGCAGGAGUUUAUAGCUGGUCGGAGUUCACAGAAACCUUCUUCCAAGUUGUGAUCUACUAAUGUUCUUGUUGCUUGCCCCUUCGUUGUGGAAUAAAAGUACAGUGCCACCAAUAGUUUGAAAAUUUGAAUGAAUAAAUCCUUGGCUUCAAGAUCAGUGAUAUUGCUACAAGCAGCCAAUGUUGAUAUCAUAAGCUCCUAGGAAGGGGUUUAGCUUUAAUUUAAUUGAUCAAGUUGGCUGAAAUGAUAAGUGGAUUUGACCUUAAUUCUUCCUCUCUUUUUGGUUAUUCUUGGUUUCUUCUCGGUGGACAAAAUCCAUGAAACCUUGUUGUGGGAAGAACUGUGAGUUGGGUCCCUUCAGAGGAUCCUCCCAGCGCUGAAUUCCAUGAAACAGAAGAAACAAAAAGUAUGGUGAGAUGGUCACCACUCACCAUUGCUUUCUAGCUUUUGAGUCAUUUUCUAUGGUGCCCCCUUCUUGUUGGUAUUUGACAGCUUCCCACUUAUCAAUUUGUCAUUUUCACUGAUGUACAAUUUUCACUGAUGUAAGUUAGGAACAUUAACACAUCAAACCAGCUCGCUUAUGCUGCAUACCACAUGAUGCCAACAUCAGCCCCAAAGCUUGAAUGAUCAACAUGGAUGGAUUUGAAAACUGGACUCUCUGAGACCCUGUAUAAAUUAUUAGUUGUUGA